ACACCGAUUAUGAAGGACGUGGAAGCCUUGGAGGAGAGUYUCAAAACCAAAAUCAUAUUUUCCAUAUUCGGGUUUUUGUCGUUUGUAUCGUAUACCAUGAUAUUAACAAGCACUGAAGACUUACUGGCAUAUUCCGCUCCAGCAAGCAGUUUCAUAUGGCUCUCAACGUUAAUUCCUGCACCUUUUGUGACCUUUGCUAUCCCCUACGUAUUUGAUCGACUUCCUCCACUAGUGUUCGUUCUGGCCCUCUUCCCACUUGCUGCAGGAGGUCUGGGUUGUCUUCUCUUCUCUGCAACUCACGUUUGGUUGAAAUACCUGGGUAUUGCUCUUCUUGGUGUAAUUGACGAUAUAGUGAGCUCAACGGGGAUUUGCUUGACUAGUUACUUUGAGAAUAGCACUACGAAAAUGUUUUUCAUUGGAUGUGGAUUUGGCUAUAUAUUUGGCACAAUCUAUUACACAGCAAUGACCAGCUGGUUUCAUAUUUCCUACAAGAUUGCUAUCCCUAUCAUUGUCAUAAUGCAGCCCAUUGUUUUCCUUGUAUGUUAUUCGUUACUGGAAAACCGACGACAAAAUGUACGAAUGGGCUACCGAUCGAUCACAGAGCACAACCGAGAUCAACCGAGCACAAACAACAAUGRCGAAACCAUAACGGACAGGCAUUUGACAACAAGAGAAAAGUUUUAUUACUCUCUUCGAGUCCUGCCACAGAUAACUCAACUAAUUAUUGUCCAUACUUCCUUCAGUAUGACAUCAAGUGGURUUGUGACCUCGCUGGCUUUCAAUAAUUCUCCAUUUCCCAGUUCAGAUCACUACAAGUACUAUUCCAUAAUGGCCUUUGCUGGUAAUUUUGUUGGACUCUCAUAUCUUGGAUGGGCAGAUAUUAUCAAGCCGGGUCUUGCAGAUAAGAUUCUCAUACGUCGCACAUGGAUUCUGGUGAUGAUUUCUGUUGGUCACGUGGUAAUCUUGGUUCUUGCUUCAUGGUAUCGUUUCUUGCCAAAUGUUUGGGUCCUGCUGAUUUUUCUUUUUACACUCGGCGUCUGCAUUUAUGCCACCUAUACAAAUAUUAGUGUAAUCGUUGGAGAAAUUGAAGAUUUGAGAGUUCGUGAGCUUUCUCAGGGUUUAAUGGUAUUUGCUUUGGCAACCGGUUGUUUGUUUGGCGCUAUACUCGCAAUUUUUCCAGAAAAAGUGCUGGUGAACCACUGUUUAGGAAACACAAACAACACAGCCAUUUGUUUUACCAGAGAGAUAGAUUUCAAUAUCACUAAGCUGUAGUAACUGCAAAUGGAUAUCAUUUCGUAUUAGCAUUUAAUCGAUUUUCGUAAAUAUAUAGAGGAUAUUACAUGGGUGCACAGAUAUGGAUUGUAUCUUCGAGUGUUGAAAAGAUAUCUCACGAGUGAGGAUAAUAUAAAGAUGAUUAUAUGAUAUUCAAAAACUCAGACAUAAUUAAUGAGCUAUU